GAUGUUGUGUUGUUGUUCCUUUGAUUCAGGGUCGCAUCUCUCUCUUUCUCUCUCCCUCUAACGAUUCGACAGCAUGGACUGCACGCACAGAACUCUCCGCUUCUCUCUCUCUUCAUCAAUAUUCAAGGCUCUCAAGACCACCCUUCAAUUUUGGACCCCUUUGCUACUCACUUUCCAUUUUCUACAUCUUUCUCUCCACCUUCUCUUCUCCUACAUAUUUUUCUCUUCUUUUUACCUCUUCAAUCUUCUUUCUUCUAUUAAUAUCUUUUGGGUGACCGAAAGCUUGCAUUUUUCUUUCUGCAUUGUUUUUCCUUCAGGUAAUUGUCACUGCGGUUAUGGCUCUGGUUCUGAUGAACGGCUUCCUCAGCGAUACUUAAGCUUCGAACUCGUCUUUCUUUUCUGGGAAUUUUGUGUGAUUCUGAAUUUUAAUUUGCUCGGUGUUUUUGUUCGCUGUUGUCUUGUGUUGGAUCAUGAAAAUGUGGUUUCUUCUGGGUUUGUUAAAAAAUCUGUAGUCUUUUUCUCAAUGAUUAUUAAAUAGCAAUGCGGGCUUCCUGGGGGAUUCGUUUUUCCCAUGUUUUAUUCGCCUUUAAUGCUUUGAGGAACAAAUUGGCGUGCAUGUAUUUUGCUAGUGCUAUGAGUAAUGAGUUAUGCAGAACCUAACUUUCUGCUUUGUGCGUCUCUUUGCUUUUAUUUUUUGUAUGAUUUGUUCUUGUACUGCUUUCAGUGGAUCUUGGAAUUCUGAAUGCCUUCUCUUUGGUUCAUCGUGUGUCAAUUUUGUUUAUACAUUUGUAAAUUGCAGUGGUUCUGUUUUGUGCACAAAAGUUUUGUGGUUAUUUGAAUUGUACGUGUUUUCAUUGGCUGAAUUUGCCGCCCCCGCCCCACUUCACUCCCCUAAUUUUAACCCUUGUUUUUUUUACUUUACUGUGCUUGUGGAUUCAAUCCUUUCCUUGGUUUAUAUUUUCUUGUUAGAUGACUUUUCCUUUUGUACUUCUUUGGGUUGUUCUCCAUUCUGGAGGAGAAAAUGUCUCAAAUGGUGUGACUUUAAGUGCAGCAUGUCACUCAAUGUCGGGAGUGGAGCUUGAUUUGUUAAUUGAUAUUAAGGAAUAAGAUCUCAUUCUACGCUCUAAAAGAAAGGGGUUCUGCAAAUGCUAAAUUUUGGCAGGUCCAGAAAUCAGCCAAGGACAGUCAGAGCUACAACAAUGGGAGGUUUGGAUUAUCCAGAUCCAAAAAGGAAGGGCAAUUUUGUUGGGAAAGUAUUUCUUGCUGCUGUGUUAACAACACUAUGUAUUAUCAUGAUCAAGCGAACUCCAUCUUUGAAUUCCUCUAGUCCGUUUGCCAUCCAUGAACCGGGUGUCACUCAUGUUUUAGUAACAGGAGGUGCAGGAUUUAUUGGUUCACAUGCUACUCUAAGACUUUUGAGCGAUAAUCAUCGUGUCACCAUAGUAGACAAUCUUUCACGUGGAAAUUUGGGAGCAGUUAAGGUUCUUCAAGGAUUAUUUCCGGAACCUGGAAGACUUCAAUUUAUUUAUGCUGACUUGGGAGAUAAAAAAUCUGUUGAAAAAAUAUUUUUGGAGAACAAAUUUGAUGCUGUCAUGCACUUUGCUGCUGUUGCAUACGUGGGAGAAAGCACAAUGGAUCCUCUUAAGUAUUAUCACAAUAUUACAUCAAACACGUUGUUGGUACUGGAGGCUAUGGCCAAACAUGAUGUGAAGACAUUGAUAUAUUCUAGUACAUGUGCAACAUACGGGGAACCUGAAAAGAUGCCCAUUACAGAGGAAACGCAGCAGGUCCCAAUAAAUCCAUAUGGAAAAGCCAAGAAGAUGGCUGAAGACAUCAUCCUUGAUUUCUCUAAAACCUCAGACAUGGCAAUAAUGAUACUGAGAUAUUUCAACGUGAUUGGAUCAGACCCUAAUGGAAAUUUGGGUGAGGCUCCUAGGCCUGAACUGCGAGAGCAAGGUCGAAUAUCAGGGGCUUGCUUUGAUGCUGCUCGUGGUAUUAUACCUGGUUUAAAGUAGCUGUAGGGUGUUGAUUGGGUGGUGGCACUAUGCAGGUAAGAGGAACAGACUAUAAGACGGCUGAUGGAACUUGCAUACGAGAUUAUAUCGAUGUAACUGACCUGGUCGAUGCUCAUGUGAAAGCUCUAGAAAAG